UCCGCCGCCUCCCGGUUCCGCAGUCACUUCCUGCAGCUGUUUCCCUGUGGCUCCGCUCCGACCGACUUUUGACAGUCAACCUCCAGCAGCGGAGGGGCCGGACGGCGGCGGCGAGCGCACAAAGUGGUCGUGGAGCCUGGUUUGAAGACUCCACCCCUCAUCAUCCACUGGAUUAUGCCUGUGGCUUUCCUGCCUGAUGAUUCUCUUGCAGCAGGCUGGGCUUCCUCCACCUAAGCGGCCCUCAACCUCUCCUCCUAUGUCAGUGGCUGCCAGGUCCACAAGGACCUUGCAGCUUCCACCACAGAAGCCUUUUGGGCAGGAGGCAUCCUUGCCUCUGGCAGGGGAAGAGGAGUUAACUAAGGGAGAGGAGCCAGACUCUGCCCUGGAGGAGCUGUGUAAGCCCCUCUUCUGCAAACUCUGCAAUGUCACCUUGAACUCUGCUCAGCAAGCCCAGGCACACUAUCAGGGUAAAAACCAUGGCAAGAAACUCCGAAAUUAUUAUGCGGCUAACAGCUGUCCUCCUCCAACCAGGAUGAGCACCGUGGCAGAGCCUGUAGCCACACCCCUUGUUCCUGUCCCUCCACAGGUGGGCUCCUGCAAGCCAGGGGGCAGAGUGAUCCUGGCCACAGAGAACGACUACUGUAAGCUGUGUGAUGCCUCCUUCAGCUCCCCUGCGGUGGCACAGGCUCACUACCAGGGGAAGAACCAUGCCAAGAGACUUCGUCUGGCUGAAGCUCAGAGUAACUCGUUCUCGGAUUCCGCUGCCGAGGCAGGGCAAAGGCGGACCCGGAAAGAAGGGAGUGAAUUUAAGAUGGUGGCCACCAGGAGAAAUAUGCACACAGUCCAGAACAAUUCAGGUCCUUACUUCAAUGCCCGCUCUCGGCAGAGGAUUCCACGAGACCUUGCCAUGUGCGUCACUCCUAGUGGGCAGUUUUACUGUUCCAUGUGUAACGUGGGCGCUGGGGAAGAAGUGGAGUUCCGGCAGCAUCUGGAGAGCAAGCAGCACAAGAGCAAGGUGUCUGAGCAGCGGUACAGGAGUGAGAUGGAGAACCUGGGCUAUGUACAGUGAUGCCUGUGCUCGUGGAGAAGCUGGGCCUGCCUGUUGUUUGCCUUCUGUCAACCUGCCUUGCUUUGUGGUCCCCUUGAUACAUACAUUCCUCAUCCCUUUGCUUAAUAACCCGCAGUGGUGCCAUGAGUCGUCAUGUUAAGUUGGGCUGGGGGAGGGAGCUGUGCUUCUUAGGUCAUGAUGCUGUCUUGGGCCAACUGUGUCAAAUGGCUUACAGUGUGUGACCCACCUGCCCCGUCAGAAGGAACUUCUUAUCCUGAUCAAGUUUUGUUUAACCAAGAGUAGCCUGACCGUUUAGAGAUACGAUAAUUUAAAAACGGCAUCUACUUUUGCAGUUUUAGUUUUAUGCAUCUUAGAUGAAGACUUGAUUUGCGUUUGUUCUUCAGAGUAUUGCGAACAGAGGUAAACUGAGACUCCCGUUUCCGGAUGCUCCUGGGGAACCAUCACCACAGUGCGGUGUCACUUCAGUAUGAUGUGCUAUUAUGGCGUGUGCUUGGGUCUCUCAGCAACAGUUUGUUCCCUGUGGCAUGUCUCUCUCUAAUUCACAUGCAGGGUUUUUUUGUUUUGUUUUGUUUUGUUUUUUAACCCAGACGCUUCCAGAAUUCUUAUGUUCUUUUGAAGAUGUAACUUCAUCUCCAGUUGAAAAUUGUACACAUUUAAUCCCCACCUCUUCCCUCCUAUUUGGAUCAGCUUGUCUGUUUGACUAUGUAAUGAGUUGAAGAUGGAUAUUCUUUUAGAAAAUAUAUUUUCAGAUGAUUCAAGGAAAUGCCUGCAUGUUUUUGAGAUUCAAUUUGGAAUUAUAUUUUCACUGAUAAUUACGUGAACUCAUGGGAUAGUCAUUGUCUUGUGGCUUUUUGAUGAUUGUAUCCUGAUACUGCCCUUGCAGGUGAUGGGCACUCCUGGAAAAUACUGCUCUCUAUUUCUUAUGUGGAAAGUUUGCUUUUUUAAAAGCUGAUCAAGUUUCAGUGUCAUUUCCAGUAGAAGAACACACAGACAUUGUGUUUUCUUCUUUGCCUCCUUGAAGAGACUGAAAACACAGAUGGCUUUGGUGUCCAAUGGUUCUAAUGGGAUUAUUAUUUUUUAAAUGAAAAGCCAUAGUGUAUGUCUAGAUUGACUACUGGAGUAUUAUGUGAACUCGUGUUCACAGUGUUUUCUCCAUUUUCUCCUUUGCCUCAUGUGAUAAGAGCAGAAUGCCCAUGCUUCUCGGGAAGCAUGCUUCUGUUGAAGGUCUGUAGCAAGCAGUAUUUUGCACUAUGUCAAAUGCACAUUUUAUUAUUCAUGUCACCACUGGAAACCUCUGUGUAGCCUCGAAUUCUCCAGGCAAACAGAUGGAGAGCAAGGAAGCGCUCACAACUCUUCCUUUCCAUUCUUGCUUCAGAACAGUUGAAACUCACAAUUAAAGGUUAAUUUUAUGAUUAGCUUCUAGAACUGUACCCAGUUACUUUUCCUGUUGAAAUGCUGGUUUCUUGAAAAGUAGAACUAUUUGGUUAAGCAUUUCCCCCUCAGAAACAGAAGAGCAGUGUUCACUUGAGAUUUGAUCUCCGUUUGCAACUCCUCAUACCGGAAUUCCUUCUGUGGCCAUCUACAGAGUUAGUUGGUAUAGGGAAAUUUAGGACAUAUCUUGUUAGCUCUUUGGUUUCUCAUUUUGCUGCUAAAUAUAAUUCUUUGGUAGACUUAAAUAUUGCCGGCCACUUGGUUCUGUGAUUGUUUAACAGUCUCAUUUGCUCUCUCUGCAGGGUUGUGUCUGUGCAUCUCUGUGCUGUGUCUGAAGAUACAUGAUUCCCUCCCCCUAGUUUUGUGUGAUACCCCAGAGAGAAUUUCACCUCAUCUUUAUCUCAGAAUAACACUGAAAGAUUCUGAGUAUAGAUUUACAUUUUAUAAAAGUGACAUUCAUCUGCUUUAGUUUUUCCUCUGGGAAUGAAGUCAAAGGUUAUGCCCCCCACUCUCCUGUAUGUUUUCCCACUUUCCUAUGUGUUCUCCCACUCUCCUGUGUGUUUCCUCACUCUCUUGUACAUCACCCCUCUCCUGUAUGCCCCCCUCUCUCUUGUAUGUCCCCCCAUUCUCCUGUCUGUCCCCCCACUCUCCUGUAUGUCCCCCAGCUCCCCUCACUUACCCACUCUCCUGUAUGUUAAAAAAAAACAAAACAAAAAAAA